AUGGUUUUAGUUGUCUGUAUUUUGAAUUUUGAUAUUGUGUCUCACUACCCUGAGCUGAAAGCAGUUGUCCUCUUUCCCCCGCCUCCCAGAGUGAUAGGAUUACAGGAGGCAGUGACCUUUGAGGAUGUGGCUGUGAACUUCACCUUGGAGGAGUGGGCUUUGCUGGAUCCAUCCCAGAAGAAGCUCUACAGAGAUGUGAUGAGAGAAACAUUUAGAAACGUGGCUGCUGUAGGUAGAGCCUGUGGUAAUCAGGAAGUUGAAGAAAAGUACAAAAAUGACUGGAGAAGUCAAAGAAAUGAAGAGUUGGAGAAGUGUUACCCACUAAAUAUACCCACCGUCAUUCACACUGGACUGACGACAUGUGAGUUUUGGGGAUUAGAAGAGAAGCUCUAUAAAUAUAAGGAACAUGGAAGAACCUGCAGUGAUUUUCACUCCUUUCAGAAGGAUGUAGGGACAAAGACUGGAGAGAAAUUGUAUGAAUAUGAUCAAUGUAAAAAAUCCUACUCUGAUCUUAGUGAAAGAACUCAGCUUAAAGAGAAAACUUUUGUAUAUAAGAAAAACUUGAAAGCCUCCCUUACACCCAAUGAUGUUGAGAUCCAUGAAAGAACUCACACUGAGAAGCCCUAUAUAAAUAAGCAAUAUGUGAAAGCUUUCAGUACACAGGGUUAUUGCAAAAGACACGAAAGGCUUCACACUGGAGAGAAACUUUAUGUAUGUGAGCAGUGUGGGAAAGCUUUUCGUACACAAUAUCAAGGUAAGAUACAUGAAAGGCUUCACACUGGGGAGAAACCCUAUGUAUGUAAGCAGUGUGGGAAGGCUUUUAAUACACAAGGUUAUUGGAAAGUACAUGAAAGAAUUCACACUGGGGAGAAACCUUAUGUAUGUAAGCAAUGUGGGAAAGCUUUUAUUACACAAGGAAAUUGGAAAGUACAUGAAAGAAUUCACACUGGGGAGAAACCCUAUGUAUGUAAGCAGUGUGGGAAAGCAUUUAGUACACAAGGUUCAUGUAAAAAACAUGAGAGGCUUCACACUGGGGAGAAACCCUAUGUAUGUAAGCAGUGUGGAAAACAUUUCAGUACACAAGAUUCAUGUAAAGCACAUGCAAGGCUUCACACUGGGGAGAAACCCUAUGUAUGUAAGCACUGUGGGAAAACUUUUAGUACACAAGGUUCCUGUAAAGCACAUGAAAGGCUUCACACUGGGGAGAAACCCUACGUAUGUAAGCAAUGUGGGAAAGCUUUUGGUAUACAAAGUCAUUGUAAAAGACAUGAAAGAAUUCACACUGGGGGAAAACCCUAUGUAUGCAAGCAGUGUGGGAAAGCUUUUAGUACACAAGGUUCCUGUAAAGUACAUGAAAGGCUUCACACUGGGGAGAAACCCUAUAUAUGUAAGCAAUGUGGGAAAGCUUUUAAUACACAAGGUUAUUGGAAAGUACAUGAAAGGCUUCACACUGGGGAGAAACCCUAUGUAUGUAAGCAGUGUGGGAAAGCUUUUAGUACACAAAAUCAUUGUAAAAAUCAUGAAACCAUUCACACUGGGGAGAAAUCCUAUGUAUGUAAGCAAUGUGGAAAAGCUUUCAGAACACAAGGUUCCUGUAAAACACAUGAAAGGCUUCACACUUGUGGCAAAUGCUACAUAUGUAAGCAAUGUGGGAAAGGUUUUAGUACACAAGUUUAUCGCAAAGCACAUGAAAGGCUUCACACUGGGGAGAAACCCUAUGUAUGUAAGCAAUGUGGGAAAGCUUUUAGUAGACAAGAUUCAUGUAAAACA